AUGUUAGACUCCUUGUUCGGACUUUUAGGUUUAGACUUUUCGCCCGGCGCCGCCAAUGCCACACAAACGACCAUGGCCACCAAUACAGCUAGACGACAGGGAAUACCGACCGAAUGGUCGGCCAGAAGUGGUCAACCCUUUCAUAUCGCGGACAAUGAGUGCCACAGAAAACACGGGAAAAUUGUCGGCUUUUACGAAGGAUUAAGACCAUGUUUAUCCAUAACUGAUCCCAAUCUCAUACGUAAAAUACUUGUCACCGAAUUUCAUAAAUUUGCUGAACACAGGGCACUUGCAUCAAUCUCGGAACCCAUAAGCCAUGGGUUAUUUUUCUGCCGAUACCGUCAAUGGAAACGCAUCCGUGCGCUGCACUCCACAGCCUUCACCACCGGUCGCCUCAAAGCUAUGCUACCGAUAAUGUCGGACACAUUUGACCUGUUGUCCACUCUAUUGGACCCGAAAGCCCGCGACAGCCAAGUGGUAGACUUUCGCAUAGUUUACGACUCAUUUGCAUUUGACGUGAUUACUAGGGCUGUAGCCGGGGCUGACGCAAACGCCCUGGGUCACCAAAAUGACAAUCCACUGUUUACCUCGGUUAAAACAAUGUUUCAAAUUGAUCAAGGGCUUAACGAUUGGCUCGUGUAUUACAUGCCAUUUAUCCGGCGAUUCAUUAAUAUACCGUUUUUUAGUCGCCAAGAAAUGCAAAUAAUUAUUGAUAGCGUGGAUCACGUGGUUAGUGAACGAGUGGCCCGGGAUGUACAGGUGCCCGAUCUGCUACAGCACUCGGUUGACGCCAGCGUAUGGGCCGAUAUGUAUCCUAACCCUCCCACCAAUGCUAACAAGUCUUUUGAUAAAUUGACCAAGGUGGAAGUGAUUGGUCAGGCAAUUAACAUGUUGGCCGCCGGACACGAGACCACAGCCUCGCAGUUGUGUCUCAUUACUCGCAUACUUGCGCUCAAACCCUGGUAUCAAACAAAACUGGUCGACGAGAUUUGUAACACACUGUAUACUAAGGUUAACAAUCAGUUAUCUAUGGAUUACGAAAAAUUGCAAAGAAUGCCAUUUUUGGACGCAUUUAUCAAAGAAGUGAUGCGAGUUAACUGUUCGAUCACCCGAAUUGAGAGACACCCUACUAUUGACACUCAUUUAGAGGGCAUUCAUUUACCAAAAGGCACACCUAUUAUAAUACCCAUUUGGGCACUACAUUUAGACCCUGCCAACUUUUCGGACCCUUUAGAGUUUAAGCCGGAGCGUUUUCUACCAGAAAAUCUAGAUAAAAUCAAACCGUAUACAUACCUACCCUUCUCUACCGGUCCGCGCAAUUGCAUUGGUUUGCGAUUCGCGAUAUUAGAGCUCAAGUAUACGUUAGUUAAGCUGUUGUGUAGGUAUGAGUUUGUGCCGUGCGAUGAGACCAAGCACGAUGUGUUUGGUGGAUCAUCAGGUACUAUGUGCAACGCUAGUAUCGAGAAUCAAAAGUGGCUGAUUGAUUUGUUUGAAAACUGGGAGAUAUAUGGUACAGGUAAACCUCUACCGGAUACCAACGAGUCCAUCACUGCUUAUUGCAAUAAGCUCGGUUAUAUAAAAGAAUCCUCAAAUAAAUUGGCGGUCGAGUUGAAUGGUAAAAUAAAUAUUGACCUGUUGUUAAAGCCGGCGGUGCGCGAGAUUUUAUUGGCAGCGGCUAAGCCCGAGUUCUACGAGCGGUUUAUGAUUUUGUGCAAAAUCAACAGGGUGCAAGCCAUCAAAGUAAUCAGGGGCGUUAAUCAACACAUGCGCGCGACUAAGGCUAGCAAAUGGGAUGCUAUCGGACACAUGUUGGAAGCGUUGGAGCCCAAUUCAAAAAUAACACUUGGGCAUAUUUUGUGGUAAGUAAUGUAGUUAGAGUAACCUUUUGAUCAAGUUGGGUUUUAGAUUUUGGGAUUGAUUGAUGAGAGAGAGAACUCUUUCAUUAUAAAAGUGAGAGUGGGAGAUGAACAAGUUACAUGAAUUGAUAUGUUUAAAUUAAAAA